UGGCUGCCUUGUUUUGAUUUCUCGGUGUUUGCAAUUGAAAAUUGAAAUUAUUCAUAAUUAUAUAUACAUUAUUUGGUAUAGAGAAACUUUGUACCAUGGUCAAUAAGUUUUUCUAAUCAGUAUGUCGGCCAGUGCUGAUCAUAGUAGUAGUUUUGAAUCGCCCAUAAUACAUGUAUUUGUUGUUGGAUUUCAUCACAAGAAAGGCUGUGUAGUUGAAUAUUCAUAUCCUCCAGUUUUUGAGGAAGAUAAUAUCAAAGGUACUGAUCUUCCUGAACCAUGGAAACAUCUACCUACACUAGCACUUCCUGAUGGAGCACAUAAUUAUGAAGAAGACACAAUAUACUUUCAUUUGCCAUCUUUAGAAGAUCCGCAUCAGACUGUGUAUGGGAUAUCAUGCUAUCGCCAAAUGAAUGCACAGAAUCUCAUUCGACGCAGUUCUGAUAUAACAAGAGAAACUGUACAGAAGAGUGUUUGUGUCUUGAGCAAAGUUCCAUUAUAUGGAUUAAUUCAAGCAAAACUGGAAUUAAUUACUCAUGCUUAUUUUAAUGAAAGAGAUUUUAGCCAAGUUUCUCUUUUGGAAAAAACUUUCAAGAACUUAAAUAGUUCUCUGCCAAAGGAUUUAACCGAUGGACAGCAAACAUUUUUAGGUCUGUCUGUUCGAGACUUCGUUCUUCGGUUCAAGCAUAAAGUGUUACUUCUUUUUAAGCUUCUUCUAUUGGAGAAAAAGGUCCUGUUUUACAAAGCACCUGUUAAAAACUUAUGUUCUACUAUACUCACACUGUGCUCUCUGAUGCCUGGAAUGAUUGAAAAAGGUUUAAAUGAAUCUGCAAUAUCUCUGUCAUCAAGGAGCACACCACUUUUAACCAUAAAUGAUACUGAUGAAUACAUAGAAGUAGUAUAUAAAGAAAAUAAUAAUGAGACAUGCCAAGAUAAUAUUGAAAAUUUCGACCAAUGCUCAAACAUUUCAAAUCUUAGUGCUGGUUUGCAGGACUCAUUAGACUGUAUCAAUCAUGUUAGUAAUUCAAAAAAUAACAAUGACACUAUUCCUGUGAUAUCAAAUAAAACUGGUGAAAAAAAUGAUAAAUCUGAAAACAUUGAUCAAAAAUGUAGCAAUAUUUCUAGGCCUAAGUCACUCUCCACCAAAAAACUAGGAUUUGUAGACUCUGAAACUUCUAGUAAAUCCAGUCAGAACAGUAGCGAUACUGAAGGUGACAGUUGGGUGAAAGUCAAUCAUAUAACACCUGAUAUUGGUUCUAGUGCAACAAGUAUUACUUCUUCAACUGGUACAGAAACCAAAGUGAAUGAUGAAGACAAAUUGAUUCAUGCCAUUAAUGAAUUAUUAGAAGGUGAUGACAAAACCAAAUUAAAGAACUCAUCUCUGGAAUUUCAAGAUGACUCCAGCUUUGUGAAACAAGCUAGUCAUCAUCAGAAUGCUUCUGCUGUUAGUGAUGGAAUAUCUAAUGUUGUCUCUUCUUUGCGUGGUAGCAAAUCUACAGUUUUGCCAACUGUAUCAGAAAGAAUUGAUGAAAGCCAUGAAGUGAGAAGAUGGAGUGCUUCCAACUCUCAGAACCAAAAAACUUUUGAUGUAGCCGAUUCUAUCCAAGAUUCUUUAAGCAUAUUGGAUAUUGAAUCCACUGAGUGUGGCUUACCUCUUUGCAUUUUUACUAAGGGUAUGCUUUGUCAUCCAUAUUUAUCCUUACCUUUCUUGGAUAUUUUAAGUGAUCUCUCCAUUCGUGGUUACAUUGUUGGAGCUACUAAUAUACUUUUUAGACAAAAGAAACAUUUGUUUGAUGUCAUUAUUGAAGUUGAGGAUGGUAAAAUAGAAAUUGUAGAUCCCGAAUUAAAAAAACAAUUGCAUUUAACUACAGAAGACCUUAGAUUUGCUGAUCAUUUAGUGCGUCAUGUUAUGGAAGAUAAACAAGAUGUUUUCCUGGAUGGAACAGGUUGGGAAGGUGGUGAUGAAUGGUUACGAUCUCAAUUUAAGCUCUACCUUUUAAGUUUUAUGGGGAUAUCCGAAUUAGAAGGUUCUGUGAAAGAAGCUGAAUCAUUCAAUCUCAGUUUUUUGAAUGCUUGGAAAGCAACACAUAACUACAAAAUGUGGUGCAGUUCAAAUCAUUCUGGAAUUUAUAAUGUUCAGCCAAGCCAUCCAUUUCAAGGGCAACUUAGCAUGGCAGAUAUGAAAUUGAAGUUUUCGCACACAAUGCAGAGUUCAGAGAGGGGUCGACGCUUGAACACUGCUGUUGUCAAUACGGGAAAAGCUGUGGUGCAAACUGGGAAAGCUGUAGGUGGUGCAAUUACUAGCGCAAAAUCUGUGGUCUCAUCAUGGUGGUCAAGCUUCAAUGUACCUCAGCAGCAAGAAAAACAGGAAAGAGAAGAAGCAUUGCAAGACAGUCCUGCACAGGAAAACGCUGUUUAAAAGUGCGGGCCAGGUGGACAAUGAGUAAUUUGGUUCUGAAUUCUGUAUGUUCCUUGAUUUCUGAUGUAAAUAGAACACUCUCAUCUUUUUAAAAAGUAUUGUUAAGAAAUAGUGUAAUAAAAGCGAAUGUUGUGUAUAUUUUUUUAUAAUUUUAUAGCUAUGAAUUGUUCUUCAUUGUUGUUAACGAAUACCAUAUGUUGUUGUCUAAUUUAUUUAUUAUUCUUUUUCUGUCCAUAGUUUUAGUAUGACUACACAUUCCAACUGUACUUUUAGUAAAAAAUUAAAAAGAUGAUAAUGCUCCUUUGCUAAAGUUACGACAGUAUUACUCUAUGCUUAAAUUUAAAAACGUUAUAGGAGAUAUUGGUCUUCUUCAUACUAUCACAAAUUCUUAUAAAAAUGAAAAUUGAAAACAAUUAAACUUUGAUAUGCAUUACCAGGCGCAAGUUGAAUAUAAAAUUAUGAAGUUCAUUCUGAUAUAUGUUAUAAUUUUCCUUAAUUUCAGCACAGAAAUUAAUUAACUUUCCAUAGUUAAACCUACAGAGCUUUCCUCAAAAUGAGAGACUAGAAAACUCUGUGUGUGAGAAUUUUUUUCACACCACCUAUUGAUCUGGCAAAAUGUCUUUCAGUUGAAAAUAUAUUUCAUUAGCGUUUUAUCCUAAGCACUGCACGUUAUACGAAAUAAUAGCACUUGCUGAAACAAAUGAAAUAUUUUAUGGAACAAAAGAAAACGAAAAUUUUUUUUCUUCUUGAUGUGAGUAUUUUGCUCACGAUUGAAUUUCUGGGAGAUUAAAAUCUGUUUCAGAGAGAAAGUAUUUAACCUUUUCAUUGUGUGUGUGUGCAUUAUAUUGAAGAGAUAGUCUUUGCCAAAAUAAUUUACAACAGUUCAACCUUACAGAAGUACUUAGAAAUGGUUUCAAAAACGUUGUUAAAAGUUAGUGCUAAAUUUUAGGUAGUUGCCAAGAGUGGCAAAUACCUAUGGGGACAAAUUUUACUUGUUAUACUUUGUUUUAUCCUACUUUACCAUAAAAAUAAAGGAAAUAGGCGCAAAAGAAGGCUAAAUGCAAGGUUCCCGAUUGAUCGUGAGAAUCGUGCACUUUUAAAAGAAAUCUCGCUCAAAAAAUGUUUUGAUGCAUGGCUUUUGCAGUUUUGUCAUGUCUGUUUUAUUGAAUAAUGAGACUUUUAAAAACAUCUCUCAGUUUUUAAAAAGCUUGUUCUUAAUUUUAACAAAAAGGGGGAGAUUUUCUCACCCACAUUUUUCCCUCUAAUGGGAACCCUGCUUAAUGCAUUUUAAAAAUAUCGCUAAAAUCAAAAAAGAGUCGAAAAUAAUGUAAUGAAAUAAAUAUCAAAAAAUUAAAAAAUAGAAGGUAAAAAAGUUUUGAAAUGGGAGAAAAUGUGUAUCUGUCAAUCUGACCCCCCCCCCCCCCUCAAAAGCCUAAUCCUUUUGAGUGAAGAGAUCAAUUCGAACAGAUUUUUAUGUUUGAAAGAUCUCGGCAAAGACACCUCACUCCCAUAUUUCACUUUUUGGUUUGAACAACUUCUUGUUCAAUUCAGAGCAGUUCAGAACUUAGGAAUAGUGCCUACUGGGAAAUUAAGGGAAAUAUGAAUACCAAACUUAAAAGCCAAUUUGCUAGAAACAAACUUUGUUUUGAAAAUCUCUUGAUGAUGACAUGUAAAAAAAAAGAUCUCUUUGAUUUGAACUAUUUUUCAUUCAGUUUCGAAUAGUUAGAAAAUCCUAACGGGAAACUUAACUGACAAUAUUUAUCCUAAACAUAAAGGUGAAUUUGCUUGAACAAACUUUGUUGAAAAAAGCUCUUGAUAAAAAAUAUGUAUUGAAAAUAUUUUUUUUUUUUUUUGCACCAUUUAAAAUUUUUUAGCUUUGACAACAACAUGAAAAAUAAUUUUUUUAGCCCCAAAAAAUUGAAAAAAUAUUGCAGAUUCUACAUAUAUAUUCUCGAUUUUUGAUUUUAAAAAUUUUAAAAAUAAAUUGUAUCAAUAAAAGUUGAAACACUAUGCUCUGUAAACUUAACAUUGACUCAAGUCAGAGAUAAAUAUGCCUGAAUCAAAAUGAAAUAAAUACCCAGCACAAAUGUUUUUACCAGGGCUGCAGAGUGGGAAAAGAUCCAUCUCCCAACUCCAACUCUUAGAAUUUUAGGGCCUUCGACUUCGACUCCUCUACCACAAAAUUGGCCUGAUUCAGACUCUGAUCUGCAGACUCGGAAGAAAAAUGACCGAUUCUGACUCUGCAUUUUAAAACCUUCAGCUCUCAACUUCAUCUCUGACUCUGCAACCUUUGCAGAAAUACAGACUCGGAGGGAAAAUAACUGACUCAUUCCGACUCUGAUUCGGACUGUGAAACUGAGUACGUCUUCAUACUGUUAGCUAAAAUAUUUCAGCAAACUAAGGAAAAAUAACCAGUUCUUUUUUUUUAAAUCUUGAUCACUUUGAAAAUUGGCAAAGUUGAGGGUUUUACUGUUAGAUACAUUUCUUGCACUGUUUUCUGUUUUUAAUGUAUAAAAUCGAUAUCAAAAUAUUUAUUCACUAUUUGAUUUGCGGAACUGUGCAAGUGUUUUUGUUUGUUGCUUUUUAUUUUAUGUUUGAAGUAUUACACAAAUUCAUGUAUUUAUGUUUUAGAUAAAAUGUAAGUGUUUGUAGUGUCUUUGAUUUUUAUUGUUGAAUGAGGACUUUCUGUUUUAUAAAGUUAUAAUAUUAAAAAAUAAAAUAUGUACUACAAAGCAUGCAAUAUUGUGUAACAAAGUUACAUUUUUGUAUAUUCUCACUGUUUUAAAUUAUGUUAAGUUUUAAAUAUUUCUUUAUAAAAGGAGCAUUUUUAUUGUAAUUUAUUUUAAAUAACUUUGUUGAGCUUUUUCUUGGGAAAUAUUUUGCAAUUCGUCAAAAUUAUUGCUAUUAAAUAGAUACUGUAAAAGCAAUUCAUUUUUGUAAAAACGAAGAUACCGGUGACUUAGCAAGCUCAAGCUUCACAAGUUUAUAUGAACAUAACUGAGAGUUGAAAAAUCACCUGCGUAAAAAAUUUAAUGAGGCUUAAAUGUCUGUGAUUAUGAUGAGCUCUCAAAAAUUAAAGACUUGAAAAAUGAGUGC